AUAUAUAAAAGCUCAAUAUGUUUAUUUCUGUUCAAAAGAAAAAAAGACAAAUUUUGGAGGACUAAUGGUAAUCGAGUAAAGCGAAGAUGAGCCGCAAGAGAGAGAAACCCUACACAUACCGCCACACACCGGCGCGAAUCUCGAAACGCCGGCGACCUUGGGCACCUCCUCCGUCGUUAGAAACCAAUGAGAUCAUCGACAAGCCCACCGCAAAACCUCAGCCGCCACCGGGUCUGCUCGUCUCCGGACUUCCCGCCAACUGCUCAGUCCUGGAGCUGAAAUCUCGAUUCGAGAUCUACGGAUCAAUCUCCAGGAUCCGAAUCGACGAAGACGGAGUCGGAUCCGUCUCGUAUCGCACGGCCGAGUCAGCGGAAGCCGCCAUCGCCGGUAGUCACGAGCCUUCGUUCGGUAUCUCAAUCGAUUCCAAAAAGUUGGAGGUGGCUUGGGGGACGGAUCCGUUGGUGACGUGGAAGGAAAGUGUGAAGGUGGGGGAAGAAAAGGAGAAGACGUCGCCGUCUUUGUCGUCGAAGCUUCUCCGAGCUGAGAUGUCAUUAAGAAAACAUGGGAGAAGGAAUAGGCUAGCAUCCACCAUUGUCAACCCGAGAAGCAAGAAUCCCGACGGUGAUGGAAGUAAAUCUCCGGCGACAACUAGGGGGUUUAAGGACAGAGAUAUUGUAGCCUACGACGAUAUUCUUUAACAGCAUAUUGUAGAAAAUAUAGUAACUUUUUUUCUUCUCAACUCUGAUUCUUUUCCAUUUGUUUUUAUGUUGCAGUUGUUUUCUUGCAGGAUGUGUAUGUUAUAUAUGUACGAAUUUAGCCAAGUCUUUUUUUUUUCCUUUUUAAGCUUUCACAGUAAAGCUUGUUUCUUUA